CUUUGAAGCGAUUUCAUGGUUCAGAGUAUCAAAGGGAGAUGGAAGACAUACAGCGGGAAUGUUUUGCCCUAGAUGGGGAGAAACCCAAGAAGCCCUGGCAACUGUUCACUGAUCGUGGUGUGAGAUGGCAGCUCAUUACUGUGAUUGUCAUGUCGUUGGGCCAACAGCUCAGUGGGAUAAAUGCUAUUUAUUUCUAUGCAACUUACAUUUUUGAGCAAGCUGGGAUCUCAGCAGAAAGGAUCCCGUACAUGACACUCGGCACUGGAGCCUGUGAGUGCCUCACAGCCCUCACCUGUGGCUUACUGAUAGACUACGUGGGAAGAAGAUGUCUCGUCAUUGGGGGUUAUCUCCUUAUGACCCUUUGGAGCAUUGUUUUAACGCUCUCUCUGACCUACCAGGAACUGUACUCGUGGGUGCCUUAUGUGAGCAUGGCAUCUAUCUUUGCCUUCAUCUUGAGCUUUGGGCUGGGACCAGGUGGCAUCACGAACACCCUGACAGCUGAGUUAUUUAUACAGUCUUCGCGUCCCGCUGCGUACAUGAUAGGAGGGACUAUUAGUUGGAUUAGUUUCUUCACAAUCGGAAUGCUCUUCCCUUUUAUAGUGACCGGACUGAAGCAGUACUGUUUUGUGGUGUUCUUGCUGGAGUGCUCCUUGGUUGCUGCCUUCAUCUUCCUCGUCAUUCCUGAGACAAAAAACAAAUCUUUUCUGGAAAUCAAAAAGGAAUUUCACAAGCUGAAUUUUGGAAGAAAUGCCAAAAGAAAGGAAACGGAGCUUUAUGAAAGGAGACAGCUCCACGAUGACAUUUAA